UCGGUUCGAUGUUAUUCUGAUCUUCACAUCAACUGGGUAGGUAUAAAAAGGUCGCCCCUGUGUGAAUUUGUCGAGUGCGAGUAUAGUAUUCCUAUUCUCCUAGGUGUUAUGAAUAACGACAUACCACAAACAAGAAAACAUAUAUUGAAAAUGACACCUUUAGGUCACUUACGUUGUUUUAUCACGGUGCUUGCGCGCCUGCCAUCGUGGAUUCCAUGGAUUAUACGCGGAGAUCCUGAUCCACCUCCCGCAUACGAUGACCCCUAUCCAAAGACAUAUGCAAUCCGCCAAAUCGUAUCACGACCAGAGACAGGUUUUUAUUUCUCAGAUACCUCUCCAAUAGCUUUAUGGCUAUGUCUUGGCGCCGCCGGACCGAACAGGAACAGUCCAUGGUUCGCACAGCUUAAUGUUAGGUGCAAAGACAUCACCGAGCUAAUGCGAGAUGGCUUUCAUGUAACGGAAGAGAAUGUUCUCUGGAACGAGGGAAAGAUUGGGGACACAACUGAUAUCUACACGGAUUUUGAUAUGUCCUUCGUCAAUCAAAUUUGCGAAAGUGGAAAAAUAAGGACGCGUGAAUACGUGUUGCGCGAUACACAGUCGAAUCCGCCGCGAUGGACCGCCUUCCUUCAAGUUCACGCCGAGACGGACGCCGUCCUAUCUAAUUUCAGGCUGGGGCGCAUCUCUGCGGCCAAUGUGCACGGCGCACAAGCUUUCGGGGCCAAUGGACGAAUUGUAUACAACUACUCGGCAUUAUCCCCGGCAAAUUCAUUCAACAUUAUUUACGACGACAUGCCAAUGGAGGGCUUGUGGCCGUGGCCUAGACUGGAUUGAAGAGUAAAAUCUCAAAAGAAAGAAAGAAAGGAUAGAGUUGGGACAUUUUAAAAUAUUUAGACUACGAGCGAUUGGGAAGAAGGGCAACCUUAUAUUAGCG